CCCCGGAGACGAUUCGGGAUUGACUGUGCACUCUGAGCUCUUUUACCUGUCCGUGUGGCGUCCUGCGCGGCCGCCUCAGCCUGUUGAACUGCUUUGUGUUUGGACUCCACCCUGGAGGAACAGAGCACAAGUGACGGGAGGAAGCACGCGGAUCUACCGUACAGACUGUCCGCUCCUGUAACGGUACUGGAACUGAGCAGACAUGGGAGCCGUUCUGGGAGCCUUUUCCCUCGCGAGCUGGGUGCCGUGCCUGUGCAGCAGCGCAACCUGUCUGAUGUGCAGCUGCUGCCCAAGCACCAGGAACUCCACGGUGACCAGGAUCAUCUACGCCUCCAUCUUGCUGCUGGGGACCAUCGUUGCCUGCAUCAUGCUGUCGCCGGGUGUGGAUGAGCAGCUGAAAAGGAUCCCAGGCUUCUGUGAAGACGGGGCUGGCUCUUCUAUCCCCGGCCUGCAGGCUGACGUCAACUGUCAAAUGUUCGUGGGCUACAAGGCAGUGUACCGCAUCUGCUUUGGCAUGAGUAUGUGGUUCUUGGGGUUCGCCGUUCUUAUGAUUAACAUCAAGAACAGCAGAGACCCUCGAGCAGCCAUCCACAAUGGAUUUUGGUUCUUUAAGUUUACUGCCUUGAUGGCCAUUACAGUCGGUGCCUUUUACAUUCCAGAUGGGCCUUUUACCUACACGUGGUUUGUCGUGGGCUCCGGUGGAGCUUUCUGUUUCAUUCUGAUCCAGCUGGUGCUGCUGGUGGACUUCGCCCACUCCUGGAACGAGUCCUGGGUGGACAAGCUGGAGACUGGCAACUCCAGGUGCUGGUAUGCAGCUUUGCUGGCGGUCACGAUCCUCAACUACAUCCUGUCAUUUACUGCUGUCGUGCUGUUCUUCGUCUUCUACACCAAACCUGAUGGAUGCUUCAUAAACAAGUUCUUCAUCAGCUUCAACAUGUUGUUCUGCACCGUGGUCUCUGUUGUCUCUGUGCUGCAUAAAGUACAGGAGUCUCAGACACGUUCAGGUCUUCUCCAGUCCUCCAUCAUCACCCUGUACACCAUGUAUCUGACCUGGUCUGCCAUGACCAAUGAGCCUGACCAAGAAUGUAACCCCAGCCUACUGAGAAUCUUCCAGCAGAUUGCGGUCCCCACACCCGCCCCACUGGAGAUGGAGAACCAGACAGCCGUAGUGAUCAUCGGCACAGAGGAACCAGUCCUGACAACUCCGUACCUGCAGUGGUGGGAUGCCCAGAGCAUUGUGGGACUCUCUAUAUUCGUCCUGUGCAUCCUCUACUCAAGCAUUCGUUCGUCCAGCACCAGCCAGGUGAACAAGCUGACCAUGGCCUCCAAAGACUCGGCCAUCCUGGCUGAGGGCGGCAGCAGCCCUGACCUCUCAGAGGAGUCCACAGGACCCAGGCGGGUGGAGGACAAUGAGCGUGACAUGGUCCAGUACAGCUACUCCUUCUUCCACUUCAUGCUCUUCCUGGCCUCACUUUACAUUAUGAUGACCCUCACCAACUGGUACAGCCCGGAUGCAGACUACACCAUAACCAGCAAGUGGCCAGCAGUGUGGGUGAAGAUCACCUCCAGCUGGGUGUGCUUGGCCCUGUACAUGUGGACCCUGGUGGCCCCCAUGAUCCUGACCAACCGAGACUUCAGCUGAUCAGGGACUCUACCCUGUCCUCCACAAACCAGAAACUCUGACCACAUUGCCUACGUCUUUAAUCUCAAAAUGAACUCGCAUUUUAUACAUUGGGCUGGAGUUUAGUUUUAUUAUUUUAGGUAAACAUUUGGGUCUGGUUUACAGGUGCCAUAACAGCUGGUACAGGUAUUGAAAACAUCCCAUUUGUUUGUGUACAUUUGUAACGUGAACUGAAUAAUAAUGUGAAUUGUAAAUCAAAUACAAGUUUUAAAUGCUCCUAACAAACAAAAAAUAUUAGUCAGAUUUAAUCAAAUACAAAUAUAUUCACUCUGCUUCGAAAUACGAAUGUAUUACUGUAAUAAUAAUGAGCCCAUAUAGUUUACUGCUAUGCCUUCCAAUGCCUUAUAGUCUGUACAAUGUCAAUAUAUUCGGAGUAAUAUGAAGUACAUGAGUGUAGUAGUAAACUGUUGUUGGUAAACAUGGCACAUUCCUGCAAUAUGACUUAAAGUCAAGUUUCUGACAAAUAUUUAUGGACCAAGAUGUUCAGUGUAAAGGUUUUUCUGAGAUGUGAUAGUUUCAGGUUGUAAAAUAAAUCCAUACAAUGACAAACCUGCACUGGACACACGGAUACAAUCAGAAAGAGUUAUUUAAAGCUGAUAUGAGUGAGGCUGUUAUUAUUCUCUGUGCAUCAUUGUAUGACUCCAAAUAGUAUGUAAAAGCCUUAAUGUUUAUAUUAUGAUUUUUGUAUCUAAGAAUGUUUUGUAAGAAAUGUCUGGAAAUGCUAAUGGCAUGGUUAAAUAUGUUAAAGAUUAUGAAUCAAACCAGACGUAUAUGAUACAAACGCUGACCAACGCCAAAGUGAUUUACUGUAGUCAGUAUAUGCUUCUGUCAUUCAUGUUUGCUCCGACUCUGUUUUCACAACAGAGAUUCUCUGCAAUAAAUGAGCUGGUCCAACGUGACCCGUGUUUAUCUA